CUAUCCCAUUUUAACAUACUAGUAUGACAAAAACUAGGGGUCUUGUGGUUCAUCUAAUGAUAUCUUGAAUCUCUCACUAGUUGAGAUCACACACCAUGGAUUUCCUUUCACAACCAACAAUCAUAGUGAUAGCCAUAAGCAUAGUGCUUCUCUACACCACAUGGAGGAAGAAAAGCACUAGUCAGAAACUGAAGGGUCUACAACCCCCAGAACCCUCACGUGCCCUACCUUUAAUAGGUCACCUCCACUUGCUAGGAAGCCAAACACCCCUUGCAAGAAUCUUUGGUUCUUUGGCCGACAAACAUGGCCCAAUCUUCCAAAUCCGUCUAGGAGCAUACCCUGCCCUCGUGAUUUCAAACCAAGAGGCAAUAAAAGAAUGUUUCACCACUAAUGAUAAAGUCUUGGCCUCACGCCCCAAGUCAAGCCAUGGUGUUCACCUUGGCUACAAUUUUGCAGGCUUUGGAUUUGCCCCUUAUGGAAGAUAUUGGAUCAAGCUUAGGAAACUUACCAUGCUUGAAUUGCUCUCGGCUCGCCGACUCGAACUUCUGAGGCAUGUCUAUGAAUCUGAAGUUGAUACUUUGAUAAGGGAUCUUGGCAUGUAUGUUCCAGACAACACUGCUGUUAAGGUCACAAUAAGUCAAUGGUUGGAACGCUUAACCUUCAACAUGAUCACAAAGAUGAUUGCAGGGAAAAGGUAUUUCAGUUAUUUGCAAGAUGUGGAUGAUGUAGAGGCACAUGGUAUUGUGAAACUUAUAAAGGAGUUCAUGCAUAUAUCUGGGGAGUUUGUUCCCUCGGAUUUGAUUCCACUUCUUGGAUGGUUUGGUGUGCAUGGCCAAGUGCUCAAAUCUAUGAAACGAAUUGCAAAAGAUUUGGACACACUUGUGGGAGGUUGGGUUGAGGAGCAUAAGAAGAGUGAUCCUCUGACCAACAAGUCAUGGGAGAAACAUGAUUUCAUUGAUGUCAUGCUCUCUGUUAUUGAAGAUGAUCCUGUCUCUGGCCACACCCGUGAUACUAUCAUCAAAGCAAAUGUUAUGAACCUUAUGUUAGCGGGAUCAGACACAACAUCGACCACAAUGACAUGGAUACUGGCGAUGCUAAUGAAGAAUCCUGAAGCUUUGAAACGUGCACAAGAGGAGGUUGAGCAUCACGUGGGUAGGGAUAGAAGAGUGGAAGCACAAGACAUAAAGAAUUUGGUUUACUUGCAAGCAAUUGUGAAGGAAACGUUGAGGUUAUACCCACCAGGGCCACUUUUGGUACCCCACGAGGCUAUGGAAGAUUGUCACAUUCAGGGCUAUAGUGUGCCAAAAGGAACACGUGUGUUUGCCAAUGUGUGGAAACUACAUAGAGAUCCAAGGCUUUGGUCAGAGGCAGAGAAGUUUUCACCCGAGAGGUUUAUGAAUGAGAAUGGAGAAGUGGAUGAAGGGCACAAUUUUGAGUAUUUGCCUUUUGGGUCGGGGAGAAGAGCUUGCCCUGGAUCCACUUUUGCCACACAAGUGAGCCUCGUGACACUUGCUCGUUUGCUUCAAGCCUUUGAUUUGGCUGAGCCAGUGGAUGAACCUGUUGACUUGAAAGAAGGGUUGGGCAUCACCUUGCCCAAGAUGACUCCAUUGAAAAUUCUUAUCACCCCGCGAUUACCACGUCAAUUUUAUCAUUGAAAAGUGUUAGAAUGCAAAAAAAGUCUCACAUCAUUCAAAUAAAAGAAUGAACAUAAGUUUAUAUAUA